AAUCAGAGUGAAAUGAUUGCUACUGAUCGGUCUCCGAGAAGUGAAGUUAGGCGACGACACGCUGCUGAAUUAAAUGUUGCAUCACCAGAAUUGUAGUCUUUUUUUUCUCUCUGGUCUUUGAUAACUCUUUCCGUAAUCUCCAUUUGUAGUAAUUUUCCGCCUGGCAGGUCCUCCCACGCUCACGCGCAGGACACUGUCUGGAUACUGAAGGAAAUAUGAAGACACAGUUUGCGAUCGUGGUGCAUCUGCUCGUGAUUUUCUACGCGAGAAUGAUGCUGACGCAUGAGGACCGCAGCGCCCAUAAAUCCAGGAGGCGAGACAAGUGGGAGAAGGCCCUCCGGUCAGCCUCCAGUCUGGAGGAGCUGCUGAAGCUCACAGACUUCCACGACACGAAGCUGUGGAAGCCUCGCCUGAGGCUGAAGCACGCGGAGCCGCCCCCCAGCCGCGAGCCGCACCGCUCGCCCCCUCUCGUCUCCCACCGCUCCACCCGCUACGCUGCUGCCCCCUACAGCACGGAGGUCACCCAGCAGAUCACCCAGGAGAUUCUCCAAGCCAUUGACGAGGAGUGGCAGAAGACCCAGUGCAUGCCCAGGGAGACUUGCGUGGAUGUGGCCAAGGAGCUGGGCACCAACCCGGGCAUGUUCUUCAAGCCGCCCUGCGUCUCAGUCUUCAGGUGCAGCGGCUGCUGCCACAGCGAGGCUGUCACCUGCCGAAACACAAGUACAACCUAUGUCAAUAAAACACUCUUUUCUGUGAUUCCUUUUAAAUACAAGCCAGAGCCAGUGCUGAUAAGAGUAGCCAAUCACACAGAGUGUGAGUGCAUGGAACCGGCUCUGAUUCGACGCCAUACCCCCCAGCACAGAAGUGGGUGUUUCCCAGCACAGUGGCCCUCACAUUCAGAGGCCACACACAGCCUGUGCUCUAGUGGGCUGAUCUGGGACUGUGCUGCGGACCAGUGUGUCCCGUACCCUUCCAGGAAUCAGGGUGAGUUACACAGACCCCUCUUUCGGUGUCACUUAAACUCCAGCAUCUGUGCCACGGACGGCAAACGUGUCGACCAAGCCUCCUGCAGCUGUGAGUGAAAGCACCUUCACCGACACAGACAUUUUGCAAGACUAAUUGUUGGACUUGGAAGAAAUGCUCUUAAUUUAUUUAUACUUAUUUAUAAUUACUUUACAUAUUAU